AUGAAUCAAAUAAAUCGUGAAGAGUUGUCCGUGUUGACUGAUGAAGCAUUGACAAAACUCUUGCAAGACAUUAUCCAGCGACAUGUAAAAGCUUUCAAAACCAUGCAAGUACAGAUUUUACUGACGUCCGAAUCGUUACGAGCAAAGUUCGAGUAUGAACUAUUGCAGCAUGUUCCAGAGCUGGAAGUUUUAGUGUUAAAGAGACAGAAAUUUGGUGGCUCUUUUGUGGUUUUUACACUCCCAUUGCUUGUGGAAAACCUGCCAUGCGAGUCGACAGGUUUGCUUGAGAAGAAAAGAUUGAAUUCCAUGUACAUUCCCGAUGGCUUUAUUGGAUCUAAUUUUUCUGUCACGACAAACGGACCGACAAUUUUCAUUGGAUAUCCUAUGCAGGAUGAUGUUGAGGAGAAUGUUGAUGGCAUGUGGCCACUAGUCAUUGAAUGGCCUGAAAUACUUCGGUUGUCGAGUCAAGUGACACAAUUUCCAUUGUCAAGUGAGGCGACAUCUUCCAUUGAGCUGAUUGCUUCAUGCAGAGAGAUGUUUUUACAGCAGUGGAGGAAACGAAAAGAUUUUAUUGCAGAACUACGGCGUCAUGUAAUAGUUUUAGAAUAUGACGCCGUGGACUUUUCACAGGUGUUUUUUAUGCUGCAGGAACAGUUAAAUGCACAAGCGCCUUUGCGCAUUACUGUUUUGCGAUUGGAGUUUACGACGAUAUUUUUCCUCACUAACAGCACGAGUGACUUAAAGUUGACCUUGCUCGACGGUGAAGAUGGAGCCUCUCCUGUUAAUGUCGCACUUCAUGCAUCGAGUACUUCGCACAACCUCAAUGCUGCUGCAAACUGCCAAUCGUGCGUUGCUCAGUUUCUCGAGAAUACGCAAAAAGGCUUGCUUCUGCACUUUUACGGAGAGUAA